GUAUGUUUUUAAUAUAAGUGCUUAGGAAAAGAAUUAAAAUUAGAAUAUCUGGACGAUUUCCAUAGUUAAUUUAAUACAUCUUUGUCUUCUAUUCUAUGAUAUUGUUCAUUAAGAUGACUAAACUAUUGGAGUGGCUCUUAUUUGCUACUUUAUUCUUUAGCAUAUGGAUCACUGCAAUUACAGAAAGCAUUAAUUUGUCUUUCAUUAUAGAAUUAAGAGGAAUCAUCCUUGUUCUUCCAUUCAUUGUUUUAUUGUUAUUUGGACUGUAUUCAGCUAUUGUCAUUUUAUAUAGAGUUUUCACGUUCAAUAAUUGUGAAAGUGCUGCUGUAGAAUUACAAGAAGAAAUAGAGGAAGCUAAGAGAGACCUCCAAAGCAAAGGUGUCGUUCUAAAGAGCAAAUGAAUCUGUAUGUUCCUAUAUAAUUCAAGCUGUAUAUUGCGACAUGACGAAUUCAUUUAUGUGGAUUAUAUUGGUACACACGUUUAAUAACGAAGAGUAAAAAAAUUAUAAACAGCAUAAAAUCGUUUGUCUCUUGAUAAUAAAGAAUACAAUAUUUUAA